AUGAGCGAGUCUACCGGCUUGGAAGCGAUGUACAGGUUCUGCAGAGCAGUGAUCGGUUCGUUCGGAGAACAGUACCUCCGGCAACCUAAUGCAGAGGACACAGCUCACAUCACUCGUCUGUUGUCAAUCAACGCUUCCAGGGGGUUUCCUGGGAUGCUUGGCAGGAUAGACUGCAUGCACUGGGAGUGGAAGAACUGCCCCUUUGGUUGGCAGGGGGCAUACAGUGGUCAUUCUGAGGGGUGCAUAGUCAUUCUUGAAGCUGUUGCUUCACAUGAUACAUGGAUUUGGCACUCAUUCUUCGGAAUGGCUGGCUCGCACAAUGACAUCAAUGUGCUGCAGCGCUCUCCGGUGUUUCAUAGGCUAGCGUACGGUCAGUCCCCUGAUGUGGAUUUUGAGAUCAAUGGCCACCACUACACCAAGGGGUACUACCUUGCUGAUGGUAUCUAUCCACCUUGGGCUACACUCGUGAAG